GCCAGGGGCGGGGCGCGGCGGCAGCGCGUUCCCAGGCGCCUCGGCCGCGGCCUCAGUGCGCUCGGGGCGGUGCCGGCGCUCGGAGUGUUUGGGGCCGGCAGAGCUGCGGGUGGGCCCGGCAUGGGGGUGAGGUAGGGCCGGCUCGGCGCACGGAGCGAACGCGGCCGGCGGUUGGGACGGCGUGUGCUACGCGGCGCAGGGACGCGGAGCCGGGCGGAUGAUGGAGGACAAGAAGGAGGAGGGCGAGGCGGAGAUCCAGGAGCACGGGCCCGAGCACUGGUUCAGCAAGUGGGAGCGGCAGUGCCUGGCCGAGGCCGAGCAGGAGGAGGCGCUGGCGCCGGAGCUGCAGGACGAGGCGGCGGCGCAGCCCGAGCACAAGCAACAGAAGCUCUGGCACCUCUUCCAGAACUCGGCCACCGCCGUGGCGCAGCUUUACAAGGACCGGGUGUGCCAGCAGCCGGGGCUCUCCCUCUGGGUCCCCUUCCAGAACGCCGCCACUGCGGUCACCAACCUCUACAAAGAAAGUGUGGAUGCCCACCAGCGAAGCUUUGAUUUAGGAAUUCAGAUUGGCUAUCAGCGGCGGAACAAGGAUGUGUUAGCUUGGGUUAAAAAACGCAGAAGAACUAUUCGAAGAGAAGACUUGAUCAGCUUCCUAUGUGGAAAAGUUCCUCCUCCAAGAAAUUCUAGAGCUCCCCCAAGACUGACUGUAGUAUCCCCUAACCGAGCUACUUCAACAGAAACUAGCUCAUCUGUAGAGACUGAUUUGCAACCCUUCCGUGAAGCCAUAGCUCUGCAUGGUCUUAGUGGUGCAAUGGCUAGUAUAAGUGUUCGCUCAAGUACCCCAGGCUCGCCUACUCACGUGAGCAGUGGCUCCAAUGCUAGUCGAAGGAGAAAUGGACUCCAUGAUGUUGAUUUGAACACUUUCAUAUCAGAAGAAAUGGCACUCCACUUGGACAAUGGUGGAACUAGAAAGCGUACCUCAGCCCAGUGUGGCGAUGUCAUUACAGACUCACCAACUCAUAAACGCAACAGAAUGAUCUAAACUGCAAAAAUUUCAAACCCACCAUGCUGCUUGAAAGCCACUUGAUCCUCAGAGUACUAUUGAAAAGGAAACAUGAGGCCAUCUUUCCAUAUUCACUGUUUAAGACGAAUUCAAUAAAUGCCAUAAAGGAAAUUUUAGAUAUUA